UUGAAUAUGCAAUGUGAUAUUAAAGGAAAGAAAACAGAAGGUAAAACAGGUCAAUAAAAGAGAUAAAAGAUAGGAAAAAAAGUGCCUUAUUUUGUUUUUUUGAUCUUCAGGUGUUUUUUUCCCACAAAUGAUGGUUACACCUCUCUUCUACACUGCAGAUCAAUAGUUACACCUUUCUCUUCUUCUAUAGAGCAAAUAGUCUUCCAGCAUGACCUCACCAACAAGCAGUUUAACCUUUCCCUGCAAAGAAUAACACCUGUACACACCUUCCUCCUCCACAUUAUACAAUACCUAGCCAGCUUCUCUCUCAGUCUAUCCAUCUACCAUCCAUCCCACAUGGGUUGGACCAGAUGAAGCUCCACACACUCAACAUGCCCUGCCAACCACUGGUGGAAAGAGACAGUCUUGUGGACCACCUUAUUACAUCCCAGGAGCUUCAGCAUAGCACAGCUGGCCAUGUACAUCCAUAGCAAGGCCUGGCAGCAUACAUUGGAUAAGUACUUUAGAAUCAUGUAAUAAUAAAACCAAAAAACUUUUGUAGGAGUUAAAAACAAGUAUUGCUGUUUUCAUUCUGUUCAUUAAUGCCCACAGCUGGACCCACCACUGUGAGGAUCUGGUGGAGGCAAUGGUCAGUUCGGAAAGAUCCAUUUACAAGACAGGAGACACAUUGCUGGUGAAGAGUGUGAGUCUCCCAAAGCCUGCAGGAGUGACUGAUGAUGUGUAUGUUGAUGAGGUGGCCUUCCUCACCACCCCAACUUCUGUGACACAGAUGUACCCACCCGCCCUCAAGCAGAAGGGAAUCCUUAUUGAGGAUGUGGCAGUCAAGAAGGUGACAGAGAAUGGGUACUCCCUGGAAUUCCAGACCACAAACUGCAAGACUGGAAUGCCCCUCCUUGGGUUCCUGCAGGUGGAAGGUCCUCCAGCAAGCUUUGACACUCAGGUGACAGUCACACGCUCCUCUCAGACUGCCACGGGUCCCCUCGCUGGCACCUGGGACCUCGGAAUUCAGGGGCAGGUUGUAAAAGACAUUCCAGCAGGUGUUGACCCAAAGGUCCUGGAGGGCAUUCUGGAAAGUGCCCUGGGAACUGAUCUCACAGUCCAAUACUGCUGCAAGAACUACCACUACUACAUUGAGUGGGAGGAAGAUCCCGGCAGAAAGGAGCUGGUGGAGAUACAUACAGAUAACCUGAUGUUUGAUGGGUGAGGGAUUGGAAG